AUGUCCGUGUCCUCUUACAGGCUCGAGACCCCGCGCCCCCGCCCCCCGCCCCCGCCAAUUCGCACACACAACUUCUCUGCGAAAUCUCCUACACCAUCCAAUCGCAGCCGAGAGGCGACACGUACACUCCUUUAUGACGUUCCCUCAGCAACAACGAGACGCACAGCGUCUCCGUCUGGAAUCGCUUCGCCGAGCUCCCCGUUCAGGUCUCGUGCGAGGACCCGCGGUAUGACACCCCCGCCGUCAACCCAUCGUUCGAUCACCCCAUCUCAGCCUGCUCGUAGCGACUUUGAGGAAUUCGCUGAGCAUUGUCGAGCAUGGUAUUACGAACAGAACGACAACGCUGGACGUGUUAUGACGCAAACUCUCGCGACUCUGCCUCCUUCACAACGGGCACCGUUCGCUAGACUACAAGCAUCUGUUCGUUCCGCAUACCAUGCUAGUGUCAACGCCCGACGAAAUGCAGAAUUCAAAGCGCACCUCAGUGCUACGAAGCCUGGUGGUUCGUUGAUGCCUCAUUCCCGGGCUGACCCAAACGGUCCCCUGGCGAAGAAGGAACGUUACGAACGGCUUGAGCGCUUCGUCCGAACGUGGUGCACGAUGGGUAUGCCUGGCACGAAACCUUUCUUUCAAGGCCUCUGGGCAGUCAUGAGGCUGCAGGUCAUACCACAGGCAUUGGGAGGCGCCGGGGGAUUGAGAAUCGAGUGGGAAAUCGAUGACAGCGUCUUCAAAGAAGCAGCCGGGAAAGACUUUAUGCUUGACGCCAUUGACGUCCUGAAAGGAGUUCUUGGAUUCGAAGAGGCACCGACGACAAACAACUCCCCUUCACUUACUAUUCCUGGACCUUACUCGGCGUUUUCACCGUUGUCGACGAUACAUUCUCGGUCGCAAUCACAGCCACUUCCGACAGACUUUUCCGCUCCUCCUAAUUUGCAGAAAGUCCCACCAAUUAGCUCUACGACGACGACACAGCCCAAGCGACCGCGAGCCCCAAGCGACCCGUUCUCGGAUACACCCGCUCUGUCUGCAUCCUAUUCGUCCGCCACCACGACUCGCCUAUCAACCUCUGGUUCCACACUGGCGGAGGAACCACUUACUCCCACCACUCCAGUGGAUGGCGAAGACGUAUUCGCGCAAGCAGCCUCCGUUAACACUGAAUUUUGUGAUCUGGAUGGUCACCUACGCACUUGGACAGCGCCCGAUCUCCGCAAUCCUGAAUAUGUUAACCUACUUUCUGUUUUCCCCGCGUUCAUAACGCAAAAUACUUUGCCUCGAUUCCCCAUCACGUCAGGGUCUCAACGGCCUGCUGACAUCGAGGAAGGCGAAGAGAUGCAGGAAGACUCCAGGCGUAUCACCAUCGGUACAGGUACCAUGUGGCUUGGAGCGAAACCUCGCACGACUGGUUGGGAAGGUGGAUGGUGGACGAGGUUCAAGCUUUGGUUGCAGAGAAUCUUCUGCUAG